UAUUCAUCAGUAUAUUAACGAAUAUAUGACUGAAUAAUUCAUACUGAACUCAAAUCAGUUGCAGGGGGGCUAUAAAUGCAAAUUAGCUGAGGAUUUAAUGUGCGUAGGAGGUGUAUAGGGGGUUAGAGGACCUUUUAAAUUCCCCCAAUAGUUGUGGAUUCGGUGGUUCUAUGUCUUUGCUAUUCAUUUUUAAAUAGGUCAAUGAAAGACAGCAAAGGCCUGCAGCGUGUGGGGAUCAGGAAGAAGGCGGAUAAAAUAAAAGGGGGAAACUAGUCUGUUAUUCAAAGGAACUGGCUUUCACUUGUGGUUUCUCCUGUUUGGCUUGAACAAAUCAUUUCACCGUCUUGGGCUUCCGUUUCGAUAUUGGGUAGGGAGGAGCGGGUGUUACGAGAUCUCUCAGUUGUCUUGCUGCUUUCAUUCUUCGUGAGCCCUCCCCAAGUUGAUUUAACAAAUACUCUAUGACCUAGAGUCCUAGAGUGUAAAUACCACAGUUCAGGUGACCUUUCAGCGGGCCUCCUUACGCAUGCGCUGAACGGGCACCCUCUCGUUAAGGCCCGAAUUUUGCCUCUUCUGCGCACGCGCCCCUUUUAAAUUCCGCACCUGUCAAAGAGAGGCAGGACUUCCUGUACUUUUUAGAGCGACUGCCGGAAGUGACUGCGGACGAAUCGGCGUUUGCCGAGGCUGGCAUAGAUUUGGGUAUCUCCGCUCACAGCUGCUUUUGGCGCGAAAGAUGCCGGGUCUGGUUGACUCAAACCCUGCCCCGCCUGAGUCUCAGGAGAAGAAGCCGCUGAAGCCCUGCUGCGCUUGCCCGGAGACCAAGAAGGCGCGCGAUGCGUGUAUCAUCGAGAAAGGAGAAGAACACUGUGGACAUCUAAUUGAGGCCCACAAGGAAUGCAUGAGAGCCCUAGGAUUUAAAAUAUGAAAUGGAACACUGGAUAUCUGUUGUAAGGAGAAAGCAGAUACUGAUCUCAACCAAUGAAAUCUCCAGAAUUAGGUGCAUAGAAGUAAAAUAACCCUUUACCAAUUCAGAAUCAGUGUGGUAGCCAUAUCAUCUCAUUCAACACUCUUUUUUUUUUUUUUUUUAACUUUCUUAAAGGUAAGAACAAGCCUUUAGUCUUAUUAUUUAAACCAUUAUUGUUAUUCUUUACUAGCUGUCUUUUGGAAAAGUUAGUUUAGAUUUUGGACCAGAUUAGGGUGAUUUGGCUUGGAAGAUCUCAACUGUUUGGCAUUAUGAAUCUGUACAUGGGUAGUUACAUUUUAAAAUAGACUAGGAUCUUAAGUUUCGUUCCUACAGGGUAGACAGUUGUCUCUUAUUAAUUAGAAACUGGCUUAGGCUAGAGACUGAAUUGGUACUAAACGUCACUAAUCAAACAGCUCAGUGCUAUGCCAUGGUGAUGCCUAGAGUUGAACAGAGUGUGAUUUCCUUAGUAUAGCAACCUUGUCAUCCUUGUAGCUGCUGAUGGGCUAAUGAAGUAUGAUCAUAUUCUGCUUGUAAGUACAUUGAGUCUAAAAUCUCAAGAACAAAAGAUACUGAGAACAUAAUUAAUAGGAUAUGUAAUGUUCAUGUGUCAUUGUGUGAUGGGAAAAGUCCCUCCUUUAUAAAGAGCUGAAUCAGAUGAUUCCUUAAGAUUCUUUCCUAAUUCAUUAAGAGCAUGGCUUUGAUGUAUGACAGACUUAGGUUCAAUAGCUGGCUAUGUGACCUCAAGCAAGGCAUUUCUUCUUUGGGUCUGUUUUUCUCAGCUGGAAAAAAAAAAAAAAAGCAGGUAUGGAAGUAAUACCUAACUUACAAGAUUGUCAGUACUAAUUAAAAAUGAUGUAUACACAGUAUUUAGCACUGUUAUUAGCAUUCUCUAUUAUUUUAUUGUUUAUAUUUUUACUUGAAUAUUCAUUUGGAUAUAAUACUUUUAGUAAGCACUUCAUGAUUUACAGAGAUAAUCUAGGUGAAGAAUAGAAUCUUGGACAAUUAAGACAGGUAUGAACCAACUUCCCACCCAAUACAGAUCUUUGGCAGGUGGUUAUCUAAACUCUGCUUGAAUAUGUCCUGGAACUACAAAAAAGAAAACAAAAAAAAUCAAUAACCUUAUCACCCAUUGUUAAUUUCUGAUAUAUACUAGUCCAGACUUUUCCUAUGCCUUUAUACAUUUUUUAAAACAAAAAUAAAAUUUUUUCUAUGCUACAUAUUUUUAAUGAGGUUAUAACGUUAUCAUGUUUUGCCCCUAAUGUAUUUUACCAUCAGUGAGUAUAGGUCUAUGGUGUCAUUUGUAUUGACUAUGUAUAAAUUCAUCUGUGACUUACCAUAAUUUAACCAAUACCCUAUUUUUUCUUUUUGCACAUUUGGACAUUCAUUCAUUAAACAAAUACUUCAUAUAGAGUGCCUUCUGUAUGUCAGAUGCCAUUCUAGGAAUUGGGUCUCAGUCUGGAACAGGAUAUAUGUCAGAUAACCUAAAUUCUGAAUUUUUGUUUGUUUUAUUUUGUUGGUUGCUUUAAUGGAAACAUAAUAAGGAAGAAAUCUGAAAUCCCAUCAGUCUACAAUAGGACCUCUCUUUGAUAACAUUCUCACCUCUCUCUGUCUCUGUGUGUGUGUGUGUGUGUGUGUGUGUACACCUUUUACUUUUUUUUCUUUUUGGCUACUCUGAUAACACUGCAAUAGAAGUCUCCUUAUGGAAAGUCUUUACAAGUGUCCUUUACUAAUCACUCAGCUAAGGAUGGGCCAGAGGCCAUGCAUGUUUUCAAGGCUUUGAGUGAGGACUGCCCCCAAGUGAUCUCUAGAAAAAAAAAUAUCCAUUUACACCUUAGUGUCUGAGAGCACUGAUUUCUCUAAUCUCUGAGCAACACAAUUUUUUUAAACUUUUGGCAGUUUGGUAUGCUUGCCUGAUUUGUAAGGGAACUGAAAACACCCUUUUUGGCCUCUGCAACACUUAAAAGUACAUCUCACAAGACCCUCUGC